GUGAAGUAUAAACAUAUGACACCUGCGGCUGCUCUGGAGUAUGUGCGAUCAAGAAGGCCUCGAGUACUCUUGGCUCCUUCUCAGUGGCAGGCUGUUCAAGACUUCAGCAAGUACAAGUUGGAAACCUCUGCAACUAAAAGCUGUACACCGAUGCAAUAUUCACCUGCAGGGGAUGCAGUACUUAUAACAGAGGAAGAUCUGGAAGGUUAUGGUAGCUACGAAGAUGCCACUAAGGAUCUUAGCGUCUCAUCAUACAGUAUUGCUCGAGCCAGGCCCAUGAUAGGGAGGCUAUCUUGCCUCUUUGCAUCUCUGAAGGUUUCCAGUGGUUGCUCACCAGUUGCUACACGGUUGCCAGAAAUACGAGCUUGCUAGUUGAAUGUACUUGUGGUCCACAAAGGAAUAAACUUGUGUAACAUAAGUUCGUGUAAAGUUGAAGAAUAGUGAACUAAUUUCAGGAAUAUGCUUUUGUGUA